AUGUCGGGCCUCGUCGUCGCCGCCGCGGGCGGCGGCGCUUCCCUCGGCACCGCCGGCUACGACCGCGCGAAGGAGGUGAGGGAAUUCGACGAAUCCAAGAUCGGGGUCAAGGGGCUCGUCGACGGUGGUCUCGCCAGCAUCCCUCGUUUCUUCCACCACCCAUCUUCUUCCCUCAACCUUCCCCCCCCCGCCGCCGGAGCCUCCAUCCCCGUCGUGGACCUCUCUCUGCCCCACCACCGGGCCGUCGAACUGACUAGCGCCGCCGCCCGCGACUGGGGAUUCUUCCAGAUCACCAACCACGGGGUCCCCUCCGCCGCCAUCUCCGCCGCCCUCUCCGCCGUUCAGGCCUUCAACGAGCUCCCCACCGAGGCCAAGGCGGCGUACUACACCAGAAAUCAGUCCGGCGGCGUCUCCUUCAACACCAAUUUCGACCUCUUCCGCUCCAACGCCGCCACCUGGAGGGACACGCUGCAGAUCACGAUGGGGCCUUCGCCGGUGGACCCAUCGCGGAUUCCGGAGGUCUGCCGGCGGGAUUUGCUGGCGUGGGACGGGUAUUCACUAGCGGUGGCGUCCAAGCUGUUCGCACUGCUCAGCGAGGGGCUGGGGGCGGCGCCGGCGAGGCUGGAGGAGCUCUCCUGCCUGAAAGGGCGGCAGAUGGUCUGCCACUACUACCCUUACUGCCCGCAGCCCCACCUGACGCUGGGGCUCGCCGGCCACACCGAUCCUGGCGUGCUUACGGUGCUGAUACAGAACGAGGUGCCGGGGCUGCAGGUGAGGAAGGCCAGCGCUGGUGAGGCCGGCGGCGGCGACGCCUGGGUUGAGGUCGACCCCAUUCCCGGCGCCAUCAUCGUCAACGUCGGCGACACUCUUCAGGUGCGCUCUGGUUUUAUUUUGCACUGGCAUCAUGCAUAUAUAUACUAGGCACUGGAUCAAGGACCAUGGAUGAGGUUGAAGGAACCUUGCGGGGGUAUGAUCAAUGGAACGCCUGAAGGUUUGUUUAUUCUUGGAUACCUGUUCUUCCACGAAAUAUACCGUGCUGUUUGUGGAGAGAUUCUGGGGAGUGCAGGAUUUCUUGCAGAGGACGGCGUGAGCUCGGGGAGCUGAGAGCGAUGAACAACCAGAAGUUGGGCCUGGCUGGUUUGCCCGGUUGCGGAGAUUACGACAGACUUGAGCGAUUCAACUCGUGGAACGAUCUCCAUGCCGAAUUUGAGGGGCAGCUACUUUUGUUGCUGCGGGAUGAUCAGAUACUUUUUUCUCCCGAGAUCCGAGAGUGAUUGUCAAUCAAAACCCGCAGAGGUGGGGGAGGAACAUCACAAUCUGCCAUUGGAGGAGUAGAAUAAGAUGGGCCAGGUAGAACACAGACCCCGUUGAGCUGAGAUCUAAUACUUGGAGGAUCCACCAGGGGAUACCCACACAUCAUCAGAGAGCUCCAACAUCAUCAGAAAAAAGGGUGGAUAAGAUCCACCCAGGUGUAGGCUCAUCUUCAACUUGCUAAUCUUAGUAAUCAAGAUCUGUGGGUUGCUUUUGAGGACUCUCUUCCUGAACAUUGAGUUGUUCUGCCUGGGCAGAUGAAAAGCUGGCCGGAGAACAUCAAAGGACUGGUAAUCUGGAUAAAUAUGUAGCACCUGCAUUAAAAAGAUUUUUUUUUCUCUAAUUCUGUGCUGCGUGAACCCAAAUGGGAUAGAAACAUGGUUAAUUGGAUCGGUCAAUCUAGACCCGAAUCGUCACAAGCCAGAUCUAAUUCUUUGGCCGAUUGAACCAGUUUUUUCCUGGCUUUCUGACGUUUUGUAGGACAAACCUGUUUCAAUUCUGACGCACACCAGAAUUGGCCUCAAGUCUUCCAUUGAGCAUUAACUUUCCGAGAUCCUCUGUCAAUGCCAUGAAUUUUCAACAUACAUAUGGAAUUUUGAUGACCUCCAUUGAUGUGACUGAAUUCCAAACUCUUUGGGUGCAAAAUUUUGAUAAAAUGAUCGUAUCUUCCAUUCUUCAGAUGAUAUCCAAUGACGAGUACAGGAGUGUGGAGCACAAGGUAGUGGCCAAUCCCUCUGAGAAGGGGAGAGUCUCAGUUGGAACCUUCUAUAAUCCAGGCCAGAGGGACGGGUCGAGCCGCUACGGGCCCCUGCAAGAGCUGAUUUCACUAGCGAGGCCCGCCAGGUACCGAGAAUUCACAAUGCCAGAGUUCAUGGGCGUGUUCUUCAGCAAAGAACUGGGCUCCAAGUCGCUCUUGGACCACUUUCGAUCUUGA